AUGUCUCUGCUCUUCCUAGCACUAUCACUCGUCAUUGGUAGGGCACUUUGGGAUAGAUUAAAUCGGCCCGCUCCCUUUCCCCCAGGCCCGCCUGCAGACUUGCUGGUCGGCAAUGUUCGCACCUUUCCUGCUCAUGACCCGCAUUUGGGUCUCAUGGAACUAGCCAAGAAAUACGGCGAUGUGAUGUACUUCAACAUCUUUGGGAAAUCCGUGGUGAUUCUUAGCAGUCAGACCGCUGCCUCGGAUCUGUUAGAAAAGCGGAGCAUGAUUUACAGCAGCCGUCCACGGUUUAUGGUCCACGAGAUGGUCGGGUGGACGGACAUGCUCUCGUUUUUGCCCUAUGGCGAGCAGUUCCACAAGCAACGCAAACUUUUUCAACAGGCUUUCACAAGACAGGGCUGCCUCGCCUUCCGCUCGAGUCAGCUGUCACAGACGCAUCUACUUCUGAAGAAGAUCAUGCAGUAUCCAGCGCGCUUCGAGGAUCAUGUACGGCGAUUCUCCACCGCGGUCAUCAUGGAGAUAACAUACGGACACAAGGUCACGUCAGAUGACGACCCAUACGUAAACAUCGCAGAGGAGACGAACAGAAUUCUCAUGAAAGCAGGCCAUUCUCUGUCCAUCAUCGACUUCUUUCCAUCGCUACAAUAUCUGCCGAGCUGGCUUCCAGGGAAUUGGUUCACUCGCUUCGCAGAAGAUGCGGCACCGUCCAUUCGGAAUAUGCGCGACUUUCCUUUCGAACAAGUGCGCCAACAAAUGGCCUCUGAUAAUGCGACUCCAAGCUUUAUGGCCAUGCAUAUCGAAGAGUUGGAAAGAAACGGAGGUGCAAGUCUAGAGGAUUUGCAGAUCCUGAAAGUCGCUUCUUCGCAAAUGUAUGCGGCUGGCGCAGAGACGACGUGGUCCACCAUUUUGAACGUCAUUGUGCUGUUGCUGCUCAACCCCGAGGUCCAGCAUAAGGCGCAGACAGAGCUUGAUGGCGUGCCUCAUUGCACCACCGCAGACGACAUCUACUGUGGCAUGUACAUCCCCAAAGGCACUACUGUUCUCGCCAAUAGCACUGCACUUGCCAUGGACGACAAAGUGUACAGCAACCCCACCGAGUUCCGGCCGGAACGCUUCCUUCCGCCCCAAUCAGAGCCAUUGCCUGUAAACAUUUCUUUUGGUUGGGGGCGCAGGAUGUGUCCAGGACGACACUUCGCAGAUGCCAGCGUCUGGAUCGUCAUCGCCUCGCUCCUCGCAGUCUUUGAAAUUGCCCCAAGGAAGAAUAGUAUGGGGCAAGACAACAUCCCCGACGUGAAGUGGGUCUCCGCGAUUACGAGGUUAGUAUCCGUUGGACUCCUGAGGUAG